AUGAUGAUUUUUAAAAUUACUCUGCAAUUAUUCAUAAACAGAGGACGAAAACUUAAAUUUGACUGGGUAAAAACUCGAGGAUUUCAUAAAGUGGCUGAUGAGGUACCUGCAACAUCAUUAGUACAAAUUCGUAAAGUAUUUAGGCUUAAAAAUGUACCUAUUCAAGAAGGUCAUGCUUGUAUUGCUAUCAAUUGUCCUAUUUGUAAGCCGAAGAAAGCUAGUGAAUUCAACGUAUUUGUAAAUAAAGCAACAGGAUAUUUUAUGUGCCAAAGUUGCCGACAUACUGGUACUUGGGAUAAUUUAAUUCAGUUUUUGGAUUCCAAAAAGCCUGAAGAGUUUAAAAAGUUGAAGGACAGUCUUUGCAUCGAGGAUGAUUUCACAGACAAAUGGAAUGCAGUUCAAAAUCCAGUGAUCACGGAAACGACGGUUCCUAGAAUGGAUGCUCGCGGUUUGAUUAUUUACAAAGAAAAGAAGAUGAAGAAUGAUAGUACCGCGGUUAUAGUUCCUAGCAUUGAGGAUUUGUUGGCGUUGAUAGCCGAAAAAUCAGCCAACGUCGUUAUAUGUCUACCUUACAAUCUUCAGCAUAUGCCGUUGCAAAUUUUACCUCUGAUGGAGUCAUACAAGAAAUUGAUUCUCUGGUUCGGAAACGACGCAGCGAGUUGGGAUUCAGCGAGACACUAUUCCAAAAAAUUAAACGAGAAACGUUGUUUCUUUGUGAGGCCAACUAAUCAACAGCCUCGACCCAAAAUUGCUGCUCUCGAAGGGUACAAUCUUAAGAAUAUUAUUGCUGAGGCUCAGCCGAUUUGGCAUAAAAGCAUCACGACUUUCAAUACUCUGCGUGAAGAUGUGUUGAGUGACUUGCAGAAUAUUGAUAAAGUUCAGGGAUAUUCUCUAGACCUAGCAAUGCAAGGUGUAAAUACCCUGUGGGGAAGUUUUGAAAUCCGAAAUGCAAGACUUGCUAGGACGAUGCUUCAGCAAAUGGCCGGAAUGCCAUUAGACGAGAAUAUUCAAAGCUUUGAUAACUUUGCCGACGAAUUUGAAAAGCUGCCGAUUUAUUUCAUGACUUUUCAUGGCCAACAGAGUAUAGACGUCGUGAUGGAGGCCGUCGAGCAUGCCACCUACGUCCACGAUAUUGCUCAUGUGAUCAUCGACAAUGUGCAAUUUAUGAUGGGAAUGUCCGAACAAUCUAAGCACGUUGAUAGGUACUGGAGGCAGGACAUGAUUGUCUCGCAAUUUCGUUCUUUCGCUACCAAAAGUAACUGCCAUGUCACACUGGUAAUUCAUCCGAGGAAAGAACGCGUUGAAGAAGAACUUACCACUGCCUCGAUUUUUGGUGGGGCAAAAGCUAGUCAAGAAGCUGAUAAUGUUUUAAUUAUCCAAGAUAAACGAUUGAUUAGUGUUCGAGGAAAAAAGUAUUUACAAAUUGCCAAAAAUCGUUACAGUGGCGAUUUAGGAAUAAUGAGUUUAGAAUUCGAUCUGUUUAGUUUUUUUGGUUUGAUAAGCAAUGAGGUUAUAAAAAAACCAACUAUUUUAAUUGGUAUAUUGGUAAGGAAUAAAGCACACACAUUGCCGUAUUUUUUAAGUCUUCUUCAGGAUUUGGAGUAUCCUAAAGAUCGAAUUAGUUUAUGGAUUCGGAGUGAUAACAAUGUGGAUAAUUCUAUUGAAAUAUUAAAUGUCUGGCUGAAUGAACAAUUGUCUAAUUAUCAUUUGGUAAAUGUUGUGUUGGAUGAAAAGUCUACGGGGAUUGAAGAUGAAGAGGAUAUUGCUGAUUGGUCGUCUAAUCGUUUUACACAUGUUAUUAAUUUACGUGAAGAAUUAUUUAAUUAUGGACGUAAAAUUUGGGCCGAUUAUCUUUUUAUGCUUGAUGCUGAUGUAUUUUUGACAAAUCCCAAAACUUUGGAUCUAUUGGUAGCCAAGAACAAGACAGUAGCAUCUCCAAUGCUAAAAUCCGACGGUAUGUACAGUAAUUUUUGGGCUGGAAUGACUUCAGAGUACUAUUACAUGCGUACAGAACAAUAUACUCCGAUAUUGAAUCGUGAGAACCCUGGUUGCCAUGAAGUUCCGAUGAUCCACAGCGCAGUGCUAACUGAUUUGCGUCGACAGAGCAGCGACUACCUGACAUACAAAUCAGAAAAAUUAGAAAAUUACGACGGGCCUCAAGAUGACAUCAUAACAUUCGCUCGCUCCGCAAAUUUAUCUUCAACGCCUCUGCAUGUUUGUAAUGAUGAAAUCUACGGAUAUGUAAUGGUGCCACUGGAGAGUCAAGAUACCUUGGAGCAUGACUACCAGCAAUUGACAAAUUUAAAACUAGAAAUUUUGUCUCUGCAAGCUGAGCUGCCUCUCUCGCAGUCUAUGAAGAAAUUUAUCACGUAUCCCAAGAAAGACAAGCUGGGCUUGGACCGUAUCUACAUGAUCAACUUACGAAGGAGACCUGAGAGGCGCGUCAGGAUGCAUCGCUGCUUUGACGAACUGGGUAUCGAAGCAGAGACAGUUGACGCAGUUGAUGGCAAACAGCUCAACGAAAGCGUUUUAAUAAACUCUGGAGUCAGAAUGAUGCCUGAGUACGCGGAUCCUUAUCACAAGAGACCCAUGAAGAUGGGAGAGAUCGGCUGCUUCCUCAGUCAUUUCAACAUCUGGAAUGACGUUAUUGAUAAUAAUUACGAAAAAGUUAUGGUACUUGAAGAUGAUGUACGCUUCGAGCCAUUUUUUCGUAAUAAAGUCAAUUUUAUCAUGAAAGAGCUGGACAGACUGAAGAUAAACUGGGACCUGGUGUACUUGGGAAGAAAGCGAAUGCAAGAACGAGGCGAAGAGUAUGUUGAUGGCUCCGAUUAUUUAGUAUACGCUGGAUAUUCUUAUUGGACUCUUGGGUACAUUUUAUCCGGGUCUGGUGCUAAGAAAUUAUUAGAAGCCAAACCUUUGGAUUCACUCGUCCCUGUGGAUGAAUUCUUGCCGAUUCUUUUUGACAAACACCCAAGAGUCAAUUGGAAAGGACACUUUCCUAAGCGCGAUCUAUAUGCUCAAUGA